CCUUCGUUUUCCCACUCUUAAGUUUCGGUGGUCGUCUUUGCUGUGGGUAAGGUUGAUCGGGUCUAAUCUCGACCGUGCGAUUGAGCGUUUGGAAGCAUGAUGGCCGUCGAUCUGAUGGGCCGAGGGGAGAUGGACGACCUGAUGGCGGUGAAAGAGGCGGCCGCCGCCGGGGUGCGUUCUUUUGAGCGCCUCGCGAUCCAGCUCUCCCAGCAGCGGUCCGCCGCCGACUGCCGGGAGAUCACCGAUCUUACUGUAUCCAAGCUCAAGAAGGUGAUGUCCGUCCUCGAUCGAACCGGCCACGCGCGAUUCCGCCGCGGCCCUGUCGCCGCACCUUCGCCUUCCGCCAGCGUCGCGGAGGGCAUCAGCGGGAAUCUAGAGCCGACGAAGCAAGGGAUUCAGAGUGCGCCUCCGCCGCUGCCGCCCCCGACUGUCGCGCCCAAAGCUCUGACCUUGGACUUCGCGAAAUUCACCGCCGAUCGCGCCGACACCGCGCUCACACUCAGCUUCAGCAAUUCCGCCACAUCCUCCUCCGCCAACUCCUCCUUCUUGUCGUCUCUCACCGGCGACGGCAGCGUUUCGAACGGGAAGAUCGGGCCGACUAUCCUCGCGGUGGCUGCCGCACCAGCCGCCCCCGCCGCCGCGGCCCUCUCUGCCUGGAGGCCGCCUCUCGCCGCUUCCCAAAAGAAGAUCUGCCUCGGCGAAGGUCACGGCCACGCGCACACUGAAUCCGAGCCGGGGAAGCACGCCGGCGGCCGCUGCCACUGUUCCAAGAAAAAGAAAUCGCGCGUUAAGAAGACGAUACGCGUGCCGGCGAUCAGCUCGCGUAACGCCGACAUCCCGGCCGACGAGUACUCCUGGCGCAAGUACGGCCAGAAGCCGAUCAAGGGCUCCCCUUACCCCAGGGGGUACUACAAGUGCAGCAGCGUGCGCAGUUGCCCCGCGAGGAAGCACGUGGAGCGAGCGCCGGAGGACCCCUCGAUGCUGAUCGUGACGUACGAGGGGGAGCACCGCCACGCUGCUUCCGCCUCCGUCGACGCGGGCGUCCAUCUCAGCGGCUCGUGUCUAUCCGAGAACCCUUUUGACCGGCGUCAAAACGCCGGACCGUUCAACUAAAUUCUUUCAGUGUUUCUUGUUCUGUAAAAGAAAAGAAAACGACUUGUUUAUCAAACCAAAGAAAAAAAUUAUAAUACUAGAACGCGAUCGUGUUUGAUUC